AUUCUGAGAUAUGAAGGAGGUUCAGUGAUCGAGGACAGACAUACUUUCUGGAACCAGGUUCAGAUUACACAUGACAGACACCGAUGUGGAUGCCACUUAUUCCUCAAUGGAUAAAACACAAGAGAGCACGGAAAACAAUGUAAUAAUGGAAGAAAAACCAAAAGCAGUUGGACCAAUUCAAAUUUUUCGAUUCGCAGAUAAACUGGAUGUUUUUUAUAUGGUUAUCGGAUUUCUUGGCGCAAUAGGACAUGGUAUCUUAAAUCCAAUGAUGUUCAUCAUAUUUGGCGGCAUGGUUGACAGUUUUUUGUGCUUUAACUCAUCAUUGCAGAACUCAACUACAUGCGCUCAGUUCAAACCAUUAUCAGAACAGAUGACGCUGUUCUCCUUGUAUUAUGUGGCCGUAGGAGUAGGUGUUCUAAUAUGUGGAUAUAUACAGGUUUCAUUCUGGGUUCUGGCCGCUGCAAGACAAACCCGAAAAAUGCGGCAAAUGUUCUUUCACUCAGUACUGGCACAAGAAAUGAGCUGGUUUGAUGUUGCCAAAUCUGGAGAACUCAACACCCGUCUCACUGAAGACAUCAAUAAAAUUAAUGAUGGAAUAGGGGACAAAGUUGGCCACCUCUUCCAAAAUGUUUCAACUUUUAUAACUGGGUUAGCAAUGGGUCUAAUCAAAGGAUGGCAGCUUGCAUUAGUCAUCAUGGCUACAAGUCCUCUGGUCGCUAUAUCAACAGCAAUCUCCUCCAAGUUCCUAGUUUCCCUAACCAGCAAGGAGCUCUCCGCAUAUGCAAAAGCAGGUGCAGUGGCUGAAGAAGUCCUCUCAUCAAUAAGGACUGUUGUGGCCUUCGGAGGUCAAGAAAAAGGAAUAAAAAGAUACACAAAGAAUUUGGGAGAAGCCAAAAAAAUCGGGAUAAAAAAGCAGAUUGCUUCUCAGCUGGCACUUGGCGUGAUGUAUUUUAUUAUUUAUGCUUCCUAUGGGCUUGGUUUUUGGUACGGCACAAGCUUAGUUUUGGGAGGAAAUGGAUACACCAUCGGUGAUGUUUUUUUGGUUUUCUUUAGUGUUGUGUUCAGUAGUUACUGCAUUGGUCAGGCAUCUUCUCACCUGGAAGCGUUUUCUGUUGCAAGAGGUGCUGCCUAUAAUAUAUUCAAGGUUAUCAACCAGGUCUCUACGAUUGACAGCUUUUCAAAUGAAGGUUAUAAACCUGAUAACAUAAGUGGAAAUGUGGAAUUUAAAAAUGUUAAUUUCUCCUAUCCUUCAAGACCAGAUGUUCAGGUUUUAAAGGGUCUUAAUCUAAAUGUAAAAUCUGGGCAGACCGUGGCAUUGGUCGGACAAAGUGGAUGCGGAAAAAGCACAAUAGUGCAGCUCUUGCAACGCCUGUAUGAUCCACAAGAGGGCACGAUUUUUAUUGAUGGCCAUGAUAUUAGAUCCUUGAAUGUGAGGCAUUACAGGGAAUUCAUUGGCGUUGUCAGCCAAGAGCCUGUAUUGUUUGGAACAACAAUUAAAAAUAAUAUUAAAUAUGGACGAGAAAAUGUAACAGAUGAAGAAAUUGAAAGGGCCGUUAAGGAAGCUAAUGCGUAUGACUUCAUAAUGGCACUUCCUGAUAAAUAUGAAACUCUGGUCGGAGAAAGAGGAGCCCAGCUAAGUGGAGGGCAGAAACAAAGAAUAGCCAUUGCUAGGGCCUUGGUGAGAAAUCCUAAAAUUCUUCUACUGGAUGAAGCCACAUCUGCUUUGGAUACUGGGAGUGAGUCUAUUGUACAGGCUGCUUUAGAUAAGGCCCGAGAAGGACGCACUACCAUUGUGAUAGCCCAUCGUCUCAGCACAGUCUGGACAGCAGAUGUUAUUGUCGUAAUAGAAAAUGGAGCUGUGGUUGAACAAGGAACACAUUCUGAGCUAAUGGAGAAGAAAGGAAUAUACCAUUCACUUGCAACUGCGCAGACCAUACAAGUAACAGAAAAGGAUGACAAACCUAUGCAAAUAACAAGUCCUGAGAUACACAGAAGGCCAUCUCUCAUGCGUUUGAACUCAAAGACUUUGUCUUUAAAAUAUGAAGGCAUUGCAGAUGCCAAGGGCAUAGAAGAAGAAGAAGAGCUAAAAGCUGAAAUGGAGAAAGAUCUUCCUAAAGUUUCCUUUUACAGACUCUUGAAAUUAAAUAAAUCGGAAUGGCCGUAUAUUCUCUUGGGAACGCUUGCAGCAAUAAUUAAUGGGGCUGCUCACCCUGCUUUUAGCAUAAUGUUUGCCAAAAUUAUAGCAAUUUUUGGCACAAAUGACCCAGAGAAAAUUAGACAAGAAAAUAAUUUGUAUGCCAUCAUUACUGUUCUCAUUGGAGUGAUGUCUCUCUUUUCAUAUUUUACACAGGGAUUUAUGUUUGGCCGAUCAGGUGAAGUGCUAACAAUGAGAUUAAGACAAAUGGCAUUUAAGGCAAUGUUGUGGCAGGACAUCUCCUGGUUCGAUGACAAGAAAAAUAAUACAGGCGCUCUAACAACCAGACUCGCUACAGAUGCUUCCCAAAUACAGACAGCAACGGGGUCCCGGCUUGGUUUAAUUGCACAGAAUUUGUCGACUAUAGUAUUGGCACUCGUAAUUGCAUUUGUCUUUGGCUGGGAGAUGUCGCUGUUGAUUCUUCUCUUGGCUCCCAUCCUUGUUUUUACUGGUUUGCUAGAGACGAGGGCACUUGCUGGGUUUGCUAAUCGUGAUAAGAAAGAGCUUCAAUAUGCUGGAAAGAUUGCAACAGAAGCUGUGGAUAACAUCCGAACCGUUGUGUCAUUAACUCUGGAAGGAACAUUUGAAGAAAUGUACAGUGAGUGCUUACAGAAACCAUACAGAAAUUCCCAGCGCAAAGCUCAGGUGUAUGGCAUUUGUUUUGCGUUCAGCCAGUCAUUCAUACACUUUACCUAUGCUAUAUGUUAUCGUUUUGGGGCAUAUAUGAUUGAAAUUGGAAGGAUGAGCCAAGAGGAAACAUUUCUUGUAUUUUCCCUGCUAGCAUAUGGAGCUAUCUCAGUUGGGCAGACCUUGUCCUUUGCGCCUGACUACGCCAAAGCCAAAUCUGCAGCAUCCUAUCUUUUCCACUUGUUUGAAAGAAAGCCAGUUAUUGACAGCUACAGCCAGCAGGGACAGAAACCAGAUAAAUUCCAAGGACACUUAGAAUUCCGUGACGUUUGCUUCAAUUACCCAUCCCGCCCAGAUGUCCCUGUGCUCGAAGACCUGUCUCUAAAAAUCAAGAAGGGGCAAACAGUAGCAUUUGUGGGUAGCAGCGGAUGUGGCAAGAGCACUUCUAUUCAGCUGAUCCAGAGGUUCUAUGACCCACGCCAGGGAGAAGUGUUAUUUGAUAACAUGGAUGCUAAAAGUCUGAACGUACAAUGGCUUCGUUCUCAAAUGGGAAUUGUGUCCCAAGAGCCCGUCCUGUUUAACUGCAGUAUUGCUGAAAACAUCGCCUAUGGAGACAAUACCCGCACUGUGUCAAUGGAUGAGAUACAGCGAGCCGCUAAAGCAGCCAAUAUUCAUUCUUUCAUUGAAGGUCUUCCAGAGAAAUACAACACAUCUGUGGGUGGAAAAGGAACGCAGCUUUCUGGGGGUCAGAAGCAGAGAAUAGCAAUUGCCAGAGCGCUUGUACGUGCACCCAAACUGCUUCUUCUGGAUGAAGCCACUUCCGCAUUGGAUAAUGAGAGUGAGAAGCUUGUACAAGAAGCCCUUGACCAAGCAAGAGAAGGCAGAACCUGCAUUAUGAUCGCACACAGACUGUCCACGGUACAGAAUGCUGAUGUUAUCAUUGUCAUGAAGAACGGGAAGAUAAUAGAACAUGGGAAUCAUCAGCAGCUUCUAGCAAAUCGGGGAACUUACUAUCACUUAGUGAAUGCACAAACGAUAACCUAACAUAACUAGUAGAAUGAAGUUAGUUGAUGAAACCUAAAGUCCUUAAAACCAGUUAAGGUACUUGAAACAAAGCAUAUAACAGAACAAGGGCACUAUAGUUUAUAGAGUUUUCUGUGAAACGUUUGCAAGAACAAGAUCUGGCUUGGUGAAGGAAAAAAUGAGGUUAUGUUUUGGACUUUGAGAUAGAUACAUGGUAGAUAGCUUGGAACAACCUUAUGCUGAGGAGUAUGUUCCUUUCGUUAUAUCUGGGCUUAAUACGUCCAUGAGUGUGUGACUUCUAAACACACAUCAUUUUUUCUAAUGAGCAAAUGGGUAUUUGCAAAUCCACCUUAACCCAGCUCUAAACCAAGUCUAGUAGUUGAAUAUCAGACAUGUUUAAAGCAAAUGAGGUACUUGGAAAGAUCAGAGUCACCAUGCAUUUGCUGCUAUGUCACUUGAAUA